AUGUCGCUCUGUUUGAAUCGCUUAACUGAAGAGAGGAAGCAGUGGCGACGCGACCACCCGUUCGGAUUCUACGCGAAACCACACCGAACACCUCAAGGUGUCUUAGAUUUGAAGCGCUGGGAAUGUGGUAUUCCGGGAAAGUCGAAAACCAUAUGGGAAGGAGGUCUAUUCAAGCUAGAUGUCAUUUUUCCGGAUGAGUAUCCUACCAAGCCUCCCAAGUGCAAAUUCGUACCGCCGCUCUUCCACCCCAAUGUCUACCCGUCGGGAACCGUCUGCCUCUCCAUCUUGAACGAAGAUGAAGCUUGGAAGCCUGCCAUUACGAUUAAACAGAUCUUGCUCGGCAUUCAGGAUCUGCUAAACGACCCGAACCCCGAAUCGCCUGCUCAAGCCGAAGCUUAUAACCUCUUUAAGAAGGAUAAACCAGCGUAUGAAAAGCGCAUUCGGCAGGUCGUCAAGGAAAACCCGGCUUUAUAG